UCAACCUGCAGCCAGCAGGAGUUCAGUGCAAAUGGGCGGCGUUUUACACUGGACAAGGAAGACCUAACGCCACCAUUCAAGCCGUAUUUUUCAGCUGUCGGCGCGGUGCCAACCCGAGCACCAUGGCUAUGUUACUGUGUGGCUGUAAAUGUGUGUCGUGGCCGCUGUUUUUGGAGUAGUAGGGCUCGCCUGUGUGUGGUGAUCCGGCCUGCCGUCCUGAGCGCUGUCUGCAGCGGUAGUGUAGAUGCCUUGGCCGAGAUGAGUGUGAAGGCUUUUGAGCUUGUCCCCGCUGUGGAGCGAGAUCUUCUCAUGGGCGACAAGGCUCGCAUCAACAUCGAGUGCAUCGAAUGCUGUGGAAAGCACUUGUACAUGGGCACCAAUGACUGCUUCAUCCACCACUUUCUGCUGGAUGAGGUCACUUCCUCCAAAGGGAAACUGAGUUACCUGGCUCAGAAGCUGCUGCACAAAUAUCUGGGCCUCAAGAAGCCGGUUGCUGAGCUGCGCGCCGCCUCAGCAUUGGAGCGUCUGAUAGUGCUUUGCGAUGGAAUAGUGUUCCUGGUCGACAUGGUGACACUGGAGACUGUCCCCUCGGCAGCAGGUGGUGGAGCCAAGAUCAGAGGUGUGACAGCGUUCUGCAUCAACGAGAACCCAGUGAACGGUGAUCCGUUCUGUGUGGAAAUGGGCGUGCUCUCCUCCAAGCGGCGGACAGUGCAGAUUUACAUGGUGUAUGAGGACAGAGUGCAGCUGGUCAAAGAGGUGGCCACUCCUGAGCAGCCCUGCGCUGUCAGUGUUGAUGGUUACUUCUUGUGCCUGGCCCUUGCUACACAGUACAUGAUUCUGAACUACAACACAGGAGCCUCCCAAGACCUCUUCCCUUACAACAGUGAAGAGAGGAGACCCAUUGUGAAGAGGAUUGGCAGGGAGGAGUUCCUCCUAGCAGCACCUGGUGGUCUGGGAAUGUUUGCCAAUGCAGAAGGGGUAUCUCAGCGGGCUCCAGUUAACUGGUCAGAGAGCGUGAUUGGUGCCGCUGUGUGUUUUCCGUACGUGGUGGCGUUGGAUGAAAGCUUCAUCACCAUCCACAGCAUGUUGGACCAACAGCUGAAACAAACACUUUCAUUCAGGGAUGGACACAUUCUGCAAGACUUUGAAGGAAAGGUCAUACUGGCUUCUACUAAGGCAGUGUAUGUCCUGGUACCCCUGCCGCUGGAGAGACAGAUCCAGGACUUACUGGCCAGUCACAGAGUGGAGGAGGCGCUUGUCCUCACAGAGGGAGCACAGCAAAAUAUUCCCAAAGACAAGUUUCAGAUUUUGCACAAAAGAAUCCUCCAGCAGGCGGGCUUCAUACAGUUCGGACAACUCCAGUUUCUAGAAGCAAAAGAACACUUCAGAAAGGGUCAGCUGGAUGUGCGGGAGCUUAUAUCUCUUUACCCACUGCUGCUGCCAGCUUCCUCUACAUUCACACGCUGCCACCCUCCUCUUCACGAGUUUGCAGAUCUCAACCACCUGGCACAGGGCGACCAGGAAAAAGUGCUGCGAUGCAAGAAAUUUCUUAUCAGUUAUUUGGGAGAGGUACGAAGCACAGAGGUGGCCAACGGCUGCAGAGAGGACGUCGACACUGCACUGUUAAAGCUGUAUGCUGAACAGGAUCAUGACAGCCUCCUAGACCUGCUAGCUUCAGACAACUCCUGCCUGCUAGCAGACAGUGUCCCAUGGCUGGAGAAAUAUCACAAAUAUUUUGCACUCGGGCUGCUCUAUCAUUAUAAUGGUCAGGAUGCAGCAGCACUUCAGUUGUGGAUUCGUGUGGUAGACGGGGAUCUGCAGGACUCCACGAGAUCUGACCUGUAUGAAUACAUCAUUGACUUUCUCUGUACCUGCUCCAACCUGGAUCUCAUAUGGAAGUAUGCAGACUGGGCCUUGCGGAAGGAUCCCACUAAAGGUGUCCACAUCUUUACUAAGAGACCUUCCAGUAAAGAUCUGCCAGAAGUGAAACACGAUGAUGUUAUCACGUACCUGGGAAAGCACAGCCAGGCGCUGCUCCUCUACCUGGAACACCUGGUGCUGGAGAGAAGGAUAAAGAAAGAGAAGUUCCACACACACCUGGCCGUGUUGUACCUGGAGAGAGUCUUGUCACUGCUGUCGGAGUCGCCAUCAGAUGAGGAGCAGCUCACCAGAGCUAGAGAGAGGCUCCAAGCUCUGCUCAGGGAGUCCAGCCUAUACCGUGCACAGUAUCUUUUAGCUAAGAUGGAGAACUGUGAACAGCUGCUGCUAGAGCGUGCGACACUACAUGGAAAGCUGGAGGAGCAUGACAAAGCACUGCAUAUAUUGGUGCACGAGCUGAGAGACUUCCCGUCCGCCGAGGCCUUCUGUAUAUGGGCCUCUUCUUGUCGGGAUUCUGCUUACCGGCAGCAGCUUUUUCACCAGCUCUUGGGGGUGUAUCUAGACGGGAGCCUUCCUGGAAAGCCUUCCACUCAGACUGCAGCAGGAGGUGGAGACCUGGAGAUGGCAGCAGUGGACCUCCUAAAUCGGCACGGCGAGGUGUUUGAUGCCGUCCGUGUCCUGCGCAUGCUCCCUGACGGCUGGUCGCUGCAGCUGCUGCGGCCCUUUUUGGGUCGAGCCGUCAGGGCCAGUAUGCAUGCCUGCCGCACCUCCCAGAUCGCUCUGGGGCUAGCCCACUCUGAAAACCUUCAACUGCUGCAUGACAGGUUGAAACACCGGAAGAAACCAAUCUUUGUGUCUGAAAAGAAAGGAUGCCACCUGUGCCACAACACCUUCAGCGAGCCUGACGUGGUGUGCCUGCCGGGUGGAGUGCCUGUCCAUACUCACUGUGUCGCCCAGAGAGUAAGAGACUCUCCCACAAAGAGACAGUUAACUAAUAGCAGUAACCAUACGUGAGACUUGAGCCUUCAGACCACCACGUGAGGCACCAAACUAAAGCAGGACAUGCUGAGGACUGUGGGGGAAAAACAAAAAGCACAGAACACCCAAUGCCAUAGUAGAAUCUGCUAUGGAGAGAAACACAAAGGAAGCUGUGCGAGUGCGUGUAUCUGUGUGUGUGAGUGUGUAUGAGAGCGAGAGAGCAAGGGAGAAACAGAUGAUUUCAUCAAUUUAAUCCUGUGCCGUAAUUAUACCACACUGUCAGACUGCAAGUUUUUAAUAGCAGUGAGUAACAACAGCUACGUCCCUCGGCCCUUUAAUCCACUUAAACAGAGAAUGAAUCAAAGAAAGGCUCCUGUGCUUAUCCGUGGGUUCAGUGCUGUAUCGGUCAUCGUCUCCGCUUGAACAGUUUUAAACCUGAGAUUUGAGAAACUGCUUGAACACACAAUAUUUGAAACCUGUUGCAGAUAUUUCCAAAGCAUGCAUAGUAUUACCACUCUUACAGUUCUGGUCUGAUCACCUCAUGUGGGUAUUGUAUUAAUAUUGUCCUAACUUGCACAUUGCAGCGUUAGGUUUUAAUGUGAAAUACUACAAAGACUCAUCCGUGCUGAUGGAAACAGAGUCUUUUAUGUCUGUCUUUUACUCUCUGGGAUCUGGUCUCACUGCUGCUUUAUUCCCCCCCUCAGCCGUAAGGGCAUUGGAUGUUGUAUUCACAGUAAUUCAGUUCAACAUUUUGACCCAAAUCCGUUAGAUUUUGAAUGUCCUGUUAUCGAGGUGAGAGACCGUCUGUCAGUGUAUCGUCUGUGGAGCAACAACAGUGUAAAACACUACAUGAAAUGUUACAUCGCUCCACUACUCAUCAAUACAUGGGAGUGGGGAUUCAAUACUUAAACUGCAGUAGUCAGAUUAACCCUCUAAAACCUGCACACAUCAAAUAAUCUUUAUUGAUAAUAUGUCAAUAGACACCUUGUGAAACAUGCAAGCAGAUGUACACAGUAAGUUGGAGAUGUGUACAGAGUAUCAUCAGAUUAUGUGAAGACAAACUCCAUUUAAAUUUUGUCUGGUUUUGGGUAACAAAUGAAAUAAAUCAAUUGCCAUCAUACAGAUCCAUUUUGUUUGUUUGGCCAGGGAACAUACAGUAAUAGGGAGGUGAAGACCCUCCUCUUCCAGUGUCCCUCAUGGGAGCUCAUUUUUAAAAUAUGUACAGUAAUCAACGGCAAGAAGCAAUAUGUUUUAACCCCAUUUCAAUUAUGCCAUGUAUUACACCAGUGAUGUUUGUCAAUUUAAAACAGUUUUUCAGGUUGAGAAAGUCGUUUGCUCAUCAUAAGUUUGUCACUGUACCAUUUAGUUUUGUGUGAAUUCGCUCGGUGAACUACAUCUCUCCUCUCGCACACCUACACCAACUAGCUAUCUAAUACCCUUUUUUCCUUUGGCACGCAUGCCUUGCUGAUUUUUGUCUCAAUUGUUUGUUUAGACACGCUGUGCCACACUACGCUGAGCCGGAGGUGGACCCUCUCAGGAGUAAGUCCAAGAGCUGGGCAAGGUGGAGUUUAGUUUCUCUCCUGCGUCCUGUUUUUGAUUAAGAUAUCUGCUUUAUUUUACUGUUUUCAUGUUUGCUAUCCGCCGUAUCAGAAGUUGUGUGAAGCUGCUGCUUGAAAUCUCAACAUUUCCUUAUGUUGGUUCUUCACUAUUAAAGUUUAUACAUAAGAAAAUAAUGGGGUAGGUAACUUAGCUGUGUUUCAAACACAAAUUAAGAUUAUCUGUUGUUGAUGUGUUUUACCAGCGAUUCCUGAGGUCUCAUUUAUGAAUAUUGCGUACACACAAAACGAUGCCUGAUUGAAGAGUACGCCACCUCCCACUAAAGCUGUGAAGUAUAAAAACAGACUUGAUGGGAGAAACUUUGACCCAUGCUUAUGAACAUUUUGAAAAUAGGAAAUUGAUAACGCAGAUGGUGAGGUGGAGGGCUGAUUGUACAAACCAUUUUUUGCUUUUGUCCGUACGACAUGUGUAGUUGUUCGAAUUACAUAUUUUCAGAGUUUUGUACUUCAACAGUUUUCUGACAAACUGUGACUUUGUUUAGUUGCAUAAUUAUAUUUUAAAUUGACAAACAUCGUAUGUGUGAAUCAUGAAACAAUUCAAACGGGGUCAAAAAAUUGUCCCCCUCAGAAACGGGGGGGGGGGGUUAACCUCUCUAUAAAGACAUCCAAAUGUGCCAGUGGCAACAUUUAGGAGGCCUCAAGAUUAAUAUUCUUUGGCUUAAGUCCUCAGGAGGGGCCCAGAGGUAAUUUGUUCCGCAUAAUCAUUACAAAAUAAUCAUUGUCAAUUUAAUAAUGUGAGAUAAUUUAAUUAAUCUCCGUUGUCACCAUCUGUGGGUGAUUCCAGUGUUUUUUCACAACUUACAUUUUGUGAUGCAAGAAAUGUAGUGCCCCUUUUUAUUUAGCAUGUAAAACAGAGUUUGACCACAGGCUGGCAGUAAUGUGUGAAAUCUCUAAACAAACAUGAGGGUAAAAUAACUCUAUGGUAUCCUUUAAGUGAUGAAAAAAUAAUACAUGAAGCUGUUUGGAACAAAUCCUCUGAACCUGUUUGAUGGUUUUUCUCUCUUAUUCUCUGCGUCACGCCACAGCUCAAUAACACACACCCUGGUUUUGGUUGAAAGGAAAUGCUUUGACAUUUAAUCAUGCUAUUAAAACAUCUUCCUGUAAAUGAUGGAAAAACACAAACUCAUUGCUUAAACUGUGACAGUGAACGGGAUCGGCAUGAAACCUCCGGAUUAGGCGUUUACUGUGGUUGAAUAUGAAUUUCUACCACAUUUCUUUCUAAAGUAACAGAUGUCUGUCAAAGAAAAUGGUCAUCUCAUAAUGCACGACAUGAUCCUGCACAUUACUUGUUAACUUUUUUUUAAUGUUUUGACAUUAAGAGAAAACAAAACCGUCAUCAUCAGUGGUUUUGAUGACCCAAGAAAAACACGUGGCCUGAUACAAAUCAGCUCUGCUGGAUUUAUGGCUGUAACCUCUUCACCAUGAAACCCGUCUUUAAAACGGAAAUUAAACAGAUUAUAUUAUAAAUACGCAGAGGUGGGACCAAGUCACAAGUAAGUCUCCAGUCUUUACACACAAGUUCUGAAUCACAAGUCCUGAUGUUUGAGUUUGAGUCCUGAAACAAGUCGUAAUGGGAUUUUCACCAAAUGUAAUGCAAAUAUUUACAAAAAUCAUGAAUGCAUUUUAAAAUUUGCAUUUAUUUGUAAAUCAAGUUUGUUAAAACUUAGCCGUUAGCUAAGCAUUAGCUCGCUAACUAGGUUAACAUUUGCCGCAAUUUACCGUCCUUUGUGCAACUUCAAAUGCCAAACGAAGUUGAAUGUUGUUGCAUCUCCGUCUGUAAUUUUUGGCCUGCACAUUUUGCAUACUGCAGUUUGUUUUUUGGUGACCUCUACAUAGUUUUGUACAUGAACAAAAUUAUCUCUAGUAUUUUUUCCAACUGGCAUUCAGUAAGGUAACAUCAGUUCUUCACGAUGCCGUUGGAUCGGUUGAAGAAUAAAUAACUUUAAUGUUAGCUGAUUCUGGAAAUGAAGGGAAAUGAAUUGAUUCAUGGCACACUUUUUAGAUAACAUACUUUUUAAUCUUUGAGCCUGAGAGGGUGUCAAGCGUUUUCAACAAAAACGAUCAAGUCCAAAUGACGUCACAAAUCAUUGGUGUUAAAGUCCAAGUUGAGUUGCAAGUUGUCUUCAGAUUUUGUCAAGUCAAAAGUCAUUUGUGACUCAUGUCCGAGUCAUGCAACUUGAGUCCACACCUCUGUAAAGAAACCCUAAAAACCUUUACAGACUUGUCAUCACCAAACAACGCUUUGUUUCAUCGUAUGUGUGGGAAAAUGAAAGUGCAGCCUGGACCUCGUAGAUGUUUUUCCCAGACGGACAUAACUAACGGCAGGUACAUAAUGUGUUUCGUAAAUGUCUGCUGAAGGUGAAGCUUUGCUGAAAGAUGUCGAAUGUUGAAAAAUAGUGAUAACUGCGGCAGCGGAGGAUGCAUGAAUGUCAUAACAGAGCACUGAGAGAAAACACACACAGAACACUCUUUCUGAAGUUAAAUCAAUGUUUACUUCCAUGUUUCUUUUUCAUAUUAAACACUCGUCUUUUGUGUUAGAGAUGUGUCUCUUACUGAAGAUGGCCAUUCAGACUUACAGUUAUCGAAAAAGCAAUUUUGACAGUCACAACUUCUCAAAGAUCAGAGGAUGGUCGAAUGAUUCUUUACCCAAACACACUACAAUCUCUGUUCAAGUUAUUUGUAAGGACUCCUCUUCAAAGGAGAGGCUCAAUCAGUAUUCCUGAAAUCAAACCUCUAUGGAACAUGAUUUGAAAUUGUUACCAGCUGAGAAACACGACAGAAGCAAAACCCAAAAGAACAGAAGUAUCUCCCCUCGAUUGUUUAUUCCAAACUCACAAUUGUCCGACCUUCUUAAACACCGUUGUUGGUUUUGCUUGUUUCUCUGGUGCCUGUGCUGUUGACGCUAGCCUUCUGUAACUGCGACACAUUUCUGCGAGGGGAACUUUGUGCAAACAUGGGACUAUUUUUCUAACAUGGAGAUCUGAAAAUUGUAGAUUGUGUAGGCUCGACUCACUUUCCAUGACAGAAAAUCCACAGCUUUCUGCACAGCAUCUUUCUGUCUGAACAGUUUAAGUGUAGCUUGCUUAAAAAGCCUCCUAACCAUGACUUCAGAUAAUUAAAAAAAAAUACAGUACAGUUGUGUGGAAAAAAAAUGCUAUUGUAUUUUAUAAAUAUAUGUAAACUGGUAUGUAUAUACUGCAUUUGUACUUGUUUGUUGCUUUCUAAAUCAAUGCCAAUGUGGAUGGAGUGUACAAACUGUAAAUCCGUCCCAUUUUAAUAAACAUGAAACUGUAUAUCAA